GAUCAACUCUACUCAACCAGUUGCUGGUGGACAGUCGCUCGUGCGGCCGUGGAGUGCGACCACCCCUACGUCAGUUCAAGCAUUUACUGUAUUCGAGGACAGGACAGUCAAAAAAUGGCGGGUCAAGGGAGGACAAGCGAUCAUCAGAGUUUCUUAAACAAUUUACUGAUGAUGCGAGAACAAGAAAUUAGAUUACUGUCUAAAAAACUGCAUCAUCAGGCCGCUCUUGACUCUGACGGAGGCUCAGGUAUCAGCGAGGGGAGCAUCGGUAGUCCUGAGCCCCAUAACUUGUCCAUGUCGCCCCUUCGUGCCGUGUCCCCGCCUCCCACAACACAAGGGAGUUACAGUCGUUACAGUGAUGAUCACCACAACAUUCCUUCUAACUCAACACUACCACACGAGCCGACCUAUGACCAGCGUGUCGGAGAACAGCAGCCUUCGAACAGGUUUCAUCCAUUAUACGACCCUCUGGUUGAACAGUAUGAUCAGAACCACAUUUACAACAGAGGAGCUGAUGAUAGCAGGGACCGUGGCGUGUACUGGGAUAGAAGAAACCACCAGGAUGCCCAUCAGGAGUCGGGGGAAGCCACCCGCCAGGAGGAGAACAGAGACAUUGCAUCCAGGAUGACCGAGAGCUUUCUUGAACAGCAGCAGAAACAGCAACAAGUUCUAGCAACUCAAGCUCUUUUGGGCUCCCUCACCACUCAGAGCAAUCAUCAUCCACUCCUGCCCUAUUCUACCCUCCACUCCGACAGUGUGGUGGGUGGUUCUAGCCUUCUGGUACGGGCUUUGGCGUCCUCGGCACCACGACGGCCACGAGGCGAGAAGAAACCUAUUCCAGAAACACUGAAAGACGAAAAAUAUUAUGAGCGGAGAAGAAGAAACAACCUGGCAGCCAAAAAGUCUAGGGACGCCAGGAAGCAGCGCGAGGACCAGAUUGCCAUUCGUGCCUCUUUUCUGGAAAAAGAAAAUUCUGUCCUAAGAGCGCAGGUGGCCACACUGAGAGAUGAAGCAUCUUCUCUUCGGCAUCUCUUACUUCAGAAAAAGAAAAAGUAGCUGUCGUUCAUGAGGGAGGGAGGAAAGCAGCAUGUCAGGCCAUGUAGUUAGUGUGAAGACAUCUUCGGCAUCUCUUACUUCAGAAGAAGAAAAAGUAGCUGUCAUUCAUUCAUGAGGGAGGAAAGCAGCAUGUCAGGCCAUACAGUUGGUAUGAAGACAUAACAAGAUUGUGAAGACAUAAGAAGAGUGUGAAUGAAUGCAUUGAACAGUGUGAGAAAGAAAUCAUGAAUGACGUUUACAGGCAGUGUGUGUGUGUGUGUGUGUGUGUGUGUGUGUGUGUGUGUGUGUGUGCUUUACUGAGUGUGUGUAGUUUUAUUUCUUAAAUACUUCGGACAAGAAUUCUAAGAAGUAGUUAAUGCAGAAAUGUACAUUAAUCCAAGUAAUGUCUUCUUGGUAUUAAGUAGUCUUAUAAUUUGGUCAGUGAAAUCUUGUGAAAAGAUUAUAAUUUCCCUCUUGUCAUUAUACAGAUUUUACAUUUACUUAUUUUCUCAUGCAAAUAUUUAAAAUCUACAGGCAACUAACAAUUCAUGUAGAAGUUAGCAACAUAGUUGAAACAAGUGAAUGGUCAGUUCAUCUUACAACACUCAAGGUAUAUUGAUUCUUCAGUGCAGGUAUUUUAAACAUGCAAAAAUUCAGCAUUUGAAUCUUAUGUGACUGCUGCUGACAGUGUACCACACUGAGUAAGUUGAUGCAAAGCAUAACUCCUGAGAAAUUAUAUAUAUAUAUAUAUAUAUAUAUAUAUAUAUAUAUAUAUAUAUAUAUAUAUAUAUAUAUAUAUAUAUAUAUAUAUAUAUAUAUAUAUAUAUAUAUAUAUAUAUAUAUAUAUAUACAUAUUACAAUACAGAUAAGAUAUUUAUAGAUCAAAGGCGCAGUGCACUGCCUAAGGUUGUGAUUAGAAGAGUGUAACACGUGAGCAGGUUUUGAAGAGUGUAACACGUGAGCAGGUUUUGAAUUUUUAAUUCGUCUCAAUUUCCCUCUAUUUUGGUAUCACCAACAGCUUUCCUUAUAAGAGUAUACUACUGGUGUGACACACAGAAGUGUUUGCUGCACAAAGAGGUAGUCAUUUGUGACUACUGUUACUUCCUCUCCCUUUCCUAAUGUAUAAGCUUGGAGCAACUGAGUAAGCAGCAGAAAGAGGAGGGAGUCUGGGUUCUUAGCGUAUGGUGUUGCUCAAGAAUGUACAACCUUAUAAUACGUAUUAUUAGACUACCAAAUAUAUGUGACAUUUGAUGGUUUGGUGUGACAUGGCACAGGAAAUCCCUGACUUGGAGUAGGGAAAUAACAUUGGUUGGUCUGUCAAUAAAAAAAUCAUACUUUU